AUGGAACGUGCUCGUAGACUCGCAAACCGUGCAACUCUGAAGCGUCUUCUUUCAGAGGCGAAACAGAAUCGGAAGAAUGAAUCAACAACAACUAUAACAACGGCUCCUCUUCCUUUUUCACUCUCUGGUUCAUCUUCAAGGUACGUUUCCUCUGUUUCUAACUCUAUUCUUAGAGGCAGAGGAUCCAAAUCAGACAACAAUGUCUCACGACGUGUUGGUGGGUUUCUCGGUGUUGGUUAUCCAUCACAAUCUCGAUCCAUCUCCGUGGAAGCGUUGAAACCGAGUGAUACAUUUCCGAGACGCCAUAACUCAGCAACACCGGAUGAACAAACGAAAAUGGCUGAAUCUGUUGGUUUCGAUACGCUUGAUUCACUUGUGGAUGCAACAGUGCCGAAAUCGAUUCGGUUGAAGGAAAUGAAGUUCAAUAAAUUUGAUGGUGGAUUGACAGAAGGUCAAAUGAUUGAACACAUGAAGGAUUUAGCUUCGAAAAACAAGGUUUUCAAAUCGUUUAUUGGUAUGGGAUACUAUAACACUCAUGUUCCUCCUGUGAUUUUGAGGAACAUCAUGGAGAAUCCUGCUUGGUAUACACAGUAUACACCUUAUCAAGCUGAGAUAUCUCAAGGUCGUCUUGAAUCUUUGUUGAAUUUUCAGACUAUGAUUACUGAUCUCACUGGUUUGCCUAUGUCAAAUGCUUCAUUGCUUGAUGAAGGCACUGCUGCUGCGGAAGCAAUGUCUAUGUGUAAUAAUAUUCAAAAGGGUAAGAAGAAAACUUUCAUUAUUGCUAGUAAUUGUCAUCCGCAAACCAUUGAUAUAUGUCAGACGAGAGCCGAUGGAUUUGAGCUCAAGGUUGUGGUGAAAGAUCUUAAGGAUAUUGAUUACAAAUCUGGUGAUGUUUGUGGUGUUCUUGUUCAGUAUCCUGGUACUGAAGGAGAGGUUUUGGAUUAUGGUGAGUUUAUUAAGAAGGCUCAUGCUAAUGAGGUUAAGGUUGUUAUGGCGAGUGAUCUGUUGGCAUUGACUGUGUUGAAACCUCCGGGUGAGUUUGGAGCUGAUAUCGUUGUUGGUUCAGCUCAGAGAUUCGGUGUUCCAAUGGGUUAUGGUGGUCCUCAUGCUGCUUUCUUGGCUACUUCGCAAGAGUAUAAGAGGAUGAUGCCUGGACGAAUUAUCGGUGUUAGUGUUGAUUCUUCUGGAAAGCAAGCUUUGAGGAUGGCUAUGCAAACUAGGGAGCAGCAUAUCCGUAGAGACAAGGCCACCAGCAACAUUUGCACUGCUCAGGCACUGCUUGCAAACAUGGCUGCUAUGUAUGCUGUAUAUCAUGGACCUGAAGGCCUUAAAGCCAUUGCACAAAGGGUUCAUGGUCUUGCUGGUGUGUUUGCUCUUGGAUUAAAGAAACUUGGAUUCGAAGUUCAGGAUCUUGGCUUCUUUGACACUGUGAAGGUUAAGACUUCAAAUGCCAAAGCAAUUUCAGAUGCUGCUAUCAAAAGUGAAAUCAAUUUGCGAGUUGUAGAUGGAAACACUAUCACCGCUGCUUUUGAUGAAACAACCACGUUAGAGGAUGUUGAUAAGCUUUUCAAAGUUUUCGCUGGUGGCAAGCCGGUCUCAUUCACCGCAGCAUCUCUUGCACCAGAAUUUCAAAACGCAAUUCCUUCUGGAUUAGUUAGGGAGAGUCCCUAUUUGACACACCCUAUCUUUAACACGUACCAAACUGAGCAUGAGUUGCUGAGAUACAUUCAUAGGUUACAAUCAAAAGAUCUCUCACUUUGCCACAGCAUGAUCCCACUUGGAUCUUGUACAAUGAAGCUGAAUGCAACAACUGAAAUGAUGCCUGUGACAUGGCCUAGCUUUACCGAUUUGCACCCUUUUGCACCAACUGAACAGGCUCAAGGUUAUCAGGAAAUGUUCGACAACUUGGGUGAUCUGUUGUGUACCAUUACUGGAUUUGACUCCUUCUCUUUGCAACCAAAUGCCGGUGCUGCUGGAGAAUAUGCCGGGCUCAUGGUUAUUCGUGCAUAUCAUUUGUCAAGAGGUGACCACCACCGCAAUGUUUGCAUUAUACCAGCAUCAGCACACGGUACAAAUCCUGCUAGUGCUGCUAUGGUUGGAAUGAAAAUUGUUACCAUAGGAACUGAUGCUAAGGGAAACAUCAACAUUGAAGAGUUGAAGAAGGCUGCUGAAAAACAUAAGGACAACUUAUCUGCAUUUAUGGUAACAUAUCCUUCAACUCAUGGUGUUUAUGAAGAAGGUAUUGAUGAUAUAUGCAAGAUUAUCCAUGAUAAUGGUGGCCAAGUAUACAUGGAUGGUGCCAACAUGAAUGCACAGGUAGGACUUACAAGCCCAGGUUGGAUUGGAGCGGAUGUUUGCCAUCUCAAUCUUCAUAAGACAUUUUGCAUUCCUCACGGAGGAGGUGGCCCUGGCAUGGGUCCUAUUGGUGUAAAGAAACACUUGGCACCAUUUUUGCCCUCACACCCCGUGGUGCCAACCGGUGGAAUUCCUGCACCUGAAAAUCCUCAACCACUUGGUAGUAUCUCCGCUGCACCUUGGGGAUCAGCACUCAUAUUACCAAUCUCUUACACAUACAUAGCCAUGAUGGGUUCUCAAGGACUUACUGACGCAUCAAAGAUAGCCAUUUUGAAUGCAAACUACAUGGCGAAACGAUUGGAGAGUUAUUACCCAGUUCUUUUCCGCGGAGUCAAUGGAACAGUUGCUCAUGAAUUCAUUAUUGACUUAAGAGGAUUUAAGAAUACUGCUGGAAUAGAGCCUGAAGAUGUUGCGAAACGUCUCAUGGACUAUGGAUUUCAUGGACCAACAAUGUCAUGGCCUGUGGCUGGUACACUCAUGAUUGAGCCUACUGAAAGUGAAAGCAAGGCUGAGUUAGACAGGUUUUGCGAUGCUCUUAUUUCCAUUAGAAAGGAAAUUGCUGAGAUUGAGAAAGGAAAUGUUGAUGUUCACAACAAUGUUCUCAAGGGAGCCCCUCAUCCACCAUCAUUGCUCAUGGCUGAUGCAUGGACCAAACCAUACUCCAGGGAGUAUGCAGCCUUCCCUGCUGCAUGGCUCCGUGGUGCAAAGUUUUGGCCUACCACAGGACGUGUUGAUAAUGUGUACGGUGACCGCAACCUGGUUUGCACCCUUCUCCCAGCAACACAGGCUGUUGAAGAACAAGCUGCUGCAACUGCAUAA